AUUUGCUCAACAACAUCACUGAUUUUUUUUAAAACAUCCUUUUUUAUCAUUUCUUUUUUCGUUGAUUUAAUCAUUUUCAAACUUUCAUUUGAAUCAAUCAUGUCUUUUAUCGAAGUUCCAGUAAAUCAUCAAUUUCCGAUACAAAAUCUACCUUAUGGAGUAUUUUCCACUGAAUCUGAUCCUAAACAUCGAAUUGGUGUUGCAAUUGGUGAUCAAAUUUUGGAUCUAAGUAAAAUUGUUCAUCUAUUUCAAGGUGAACAUCUUAAAAAUGUUGCAGCCAAAGUAUUUCAAGAAUCAACAUUGAAUAAAUUUUUGGAAUUAGGCCAUAAUGCAUGGCAUGAAGCAAGAAAAACAUUAUUAAAUUUAUUGGAUAAAAAUACACCAACUUUACGUGAUGAUAGUGAACUUCGUAAAUUAGCAUUUAUUCCACAAUCAAUGGCCACAAUGCAUCUUCCAGCAAAAAUUGGUGAUUAUACAGAUUUUUAUUCAUCAUUAGAACAUGCAACCAAUGUUGGUUGUAUGUUUCGUGAUCCAAAAAAUGCUUUAUUACCAAAUUGGCGUUAUAUGCCUGUUGGUUAUCAUGGUCGUGCAUCAUCAGUAGUUAUUUCGGGUACACCAAUUCGACGACCAAAUGGUCAAACAAGACCGGCCGAUGAUGAACCACCGAAAUUUGGUCCAUGUCGUUUGAUGGAUUUUGAAUUGGAAAUGGCUUUUUUGAUUGGUGGUCCAGAAAAUCCCCUCGGAAAACCAAUACCAAUUGAAAAAACUGAAGAUCGUAUUUUCGGAAUGGUUUUAAUGAACGAUUGGAGUGCACGUGAUAUACAAAAAUGGGAAUAUGUUCCAUUGGGACCAUUUUUGGCAAAAUCAUUGGGUACAUCGAUAAGCGCUUGGGUUGUGACAAUGGAAGCACUGCAACCAUUUCGUGUUGCUAAUACUCAACAAAAUCCUAAACCAUUUGAUUAUCUUCAUCAUUCUGAUGAUUAUAAUUUCGAUAUUAAUUUGAAUGUUUUUCUUAAACCUGAUGGUAUGGAUCGAAAUCUAAUUUGUAAAUCAAAUUAUCGUUAUCUUUAUUGGACUAUUAAACAACAAUUGGCUCAUCAUUCCAUUACCGGUUGUAAUAUUCGAUCGGGUGAUCUUUUAGCAACCGGUACUAUAAGUGGUCCAACACCAGAUUCAUAUGGUUCAAUGUUAGAAUUAUCAUGGAAAGGAAAUAAACCAUUAAAUCUUGGUACUGAUGGUGUUAUAACACGUUCAUUUUUACAAGAUAAUGAUUCAAUUAUAAUUGAAGGUUAUUGUCAAGGUGAUGGUUAUCGUAUCGGAUUUGGUGAAUGUCGUGGAAAAAUUCUUCCACCAUUAAUAAUGGAUUUUCAUUAAAUAUAUUAUGUUGUAAUUUUUUUGAAUCAAGAAAAAAAAUCGGUAAUUUUUGGUAAUAAAAAAAAAAGUUUUUCGGAAUC